CACUAGGCGGUCACCAGGAUCAGUCAGCAGUUGUCACAUGAUAUCGACGGGUGUGUGUGAUUUUCUCUAAAUCUCUUGAUGCAGAGAUUCAAGAUUUGUUAGAAAAAAAAUCGCCGGAUUGUUUGGCUUUUGCCGCUCGUAAUUCGGAAAGUUGUUGUGCAAUUCGCGCGUUGUGUACGUGAACGUGACAAGCCAUGGCGUCGAUAAGAUAUAUUUUGGGCAACACGUUCGCGAUCACCGCCUCGGCCACUAUCCUUAUUUUAGUUUUGUAUUAUGUGUUUACCGGCAAGGGAGAGCAAAUUAGUAUUGCAUGGUUUUUGACAAAUACAUCUCCAUACAUGUGGUCUACCUUGGGCAUAGGUCUAUCAGUAGCUUUGUCUGUAGUAGGUGCAGCGUUAGGUAUUCAUACAACGGGAGUAUCUAUUGUGGGUGCGGGUGUAAAAGCACCCAGGAUCAAGACUAAGAAUUUGAUCUCUGUGAUAUUUUGUGAGGCUGUAGCCAUUUACGGUCUGAUCACUGCCAUUGUUCUGUCUGGCAUGCUUGAGAAAUUCACUUAUGAGACAGCUAUGGAUAACGAGGAGAUCAGAAAUAACAACUGGCUGUCGGGAUACUUAAUGUUCGGAGCUGGUCUCUCUGUCGGACUGGUCAAUCUCUUCUGCGGCAUGGCCGUUGGCAUUGUAGGCUCUGGUGCAGCUCUUGCGGACGCGGCAAACUCUACUCUAUUCGUAAAGAUUCUCAUAGUCGAGAUUUUCGGUUCUGCUAUAGGAUUGUUUGGUUUAAUUGUUGGCAUUUAUAUGACAUCCAAAGUAAAGAUGGGUGACAAACCGUAAAGCCUAAUUCAUUUAAAGAAGAAGCCAUGGAGUAUUAUCGGGAUCACAAUAUUCCAUUCCAUAUUUAAAAAUCAUCAGAGAUUCUAGAAGAAGAGGAUCACAUCGUCGAAAUCGCUGCAAAGACAAGAAUUUCCCAGACACUAAUGUGUGCAUACUCGGUAUAUCAUUAUAUAUAUAUCUGAUACAAUUCUGAUCGGGAGUGAGAUUCUUACAGUGGAUUAAUUUACCAAUUCAAAUCUCCAUAAAUGUUGUUUAUAUUACAUCUUGUUUUAGAUAUAUAUCUUCCUAUUUGUUUUAGGAUUUAAUAAGCAAUUUUUUUUGUUUGUAUCGAUAUUAAAAGAAGCAACGUAACUUUUGUUCGGUACUUUGAGUGCGUUGUAGCGCUCACUUCUGUGCAAGUCAGUGUACAUAUUUACUUGUCAUCGUCAAAUAAAUAGUGAUAUAAAAUGA